UCGUGCGAAUCGCCGAAUCGACACACUCCCAACUCCAUCGCACCGGUGGAGCGGAGCGCUCCGCGGCUGCUCCGUCAAGAAAACAACAAAAAUUCGCGUCUCUCGCUCGGCCCCGCGGUGUGAGGGCAACUACUUAGCAGCGGCGAUGCCGAGCGGAGGGCACCUGUCUGCGCUGGUGCUGGCGCGGGGAGGCAGCAAGGGGAUCCCGCUCAAGAACAUCAAGCCGCUCGCCGGAGUGCCGCUCGUCGGCUGGGUGCUGCGCGCGGCCAAACACUCGGCGGUGUUUGACAGCAUUUGGGUUUCGACUGACAAUGACGACAUUGAGCGAGUGGCGAAGAAAUUUGGAGCCAAAGUCCACCGGAGAUCCCCCGAAGUGUCCAAGGAUUCCACCUCAUCCUUGGAGACUAUUCAGGAGUUUCUGAAACACCAUGACGAAGUGGAUUCGGUGAUGAAUAUCCAAGCCACUUCGCCUUGCCUUCACCCUGAGCACCUGCAGGAGGUGAUCAGCAUGUUCCGCAGUGGACAAUACGACUCAAUCUUCUCAGUUGUGCGGCGACAUCACUUUCGCUGGCAGGAGGUCAACAUCAAAGAAGGGGAGGUGACGGUUCCCUUGGGGCACAACCCCGCCAAAAGGCUGCGGCGCCAGGACUGGAGCGGGGAGCUGUGUGAGAAUGGCUCCAUCUAUCUCGCCACACGGAAAAUCAUAGAGGACGGCUACUUGCAGCACGGCAAGGUUGGCUACUAUGAGAUGAAGGCAGAGCACAGCGUGGACAUUGACAUCGACAUUGACUGGCCCAUCGCCGAGCAGCGUGUUCUUUGCUACGGGUACUGUGGGGAGCAGCAGGCCGCAGGGAUACAGCUGGUGGUGAGCGCGAUCGACGGCUGCUUAACUGACGACCACCUGCGGGUGUCGUCGUCGGGGGAGGAGCACAGCACCUUCUGCGCGAGCGACAUGGCGGCUAUCAGAACCCUGCAGGGGAAGGGCGUGGAGGUGCGUUUUCUCUCGGACCUUAAUCUGACGGUGCACACAAAAUUCGCAGAGAAGCUUGGUUGCAAGCUCAAGCAGGGCACUGCUGACAAGCUCUCCCAGCUGAACUCGUGGAGAGUGAAGCUUGGCCUCGGCUGGGAGCAAGUUGCCUACUUUGGCUAUGACAGCUCGGAUGCAGGCUGCCUGCAGAAGGCCGGGCUGAGCGGGGUGCCGUUGUCUGCGGUGAGCGACUUGGCCAAGUCUUAUGCUCGUUUCCAAAGCACCCUCAGUGGAGGUCAGGGCGCCUUCCGCCAGUUUGCUCUGUUCGUGCAGGACGCUAACGAGAAAACCAAGGUUGGGGACAACCAAAACGCGCCGCAUCACAACGCCGUUGACGAGCUCGCCCCAUCGAAGCAGGAGGCUAAGGAGAAGGCCAAGGGUAAAGAGGACCCUCCUCCAAAGCGUCACAGGAAAACGCACGCAGAUGGAGCGACGCACCUCGAAACCCAAUGAAGUCUCAACAUUCCCCAACAACUCAGUGCUGCUGUAGCCUAAUCAGCUAAUUUUAUGGAUAAUUUUGCUUUCAAUUAUACUUUUAGACAGUUGUGGAAUGCCAGAGUGUGUGUAACCUGCAGCAGGAGGAUAAGUGUUCCAGUUUUCAGUCCUCGGGGUGCAAAACACUAAUACAGGUAGGAACAACAGGUUCCACACUGCCCACCAGGGAUUAUUUGUCUGUCUGUCGUGCAUAUUUGUCUGUCGUGCACGAAUGCGCUGUCCAACCAAGUUCCUACCUGCCCACUCCGAAGGAACGUGUUAAUAAACACGUUAUGUAAAAGGUUGCAAAAAACUACUAAAGUCUAAUCAGUAUCUAAUGCCACCAAAUACCAUUUGCCAGUGCACUGUCAUUGUAUACUUGCAAAACAUUGCUCGUUAAACCAUCUUCUGAAUAGCCCUCUGCUACCUUUAUCACAAGAAAUACAUAUGAACAAAAUCUCCUGCUGCGGUGUUAUGCACUUUUCAGUUGAAAUCCCAACAUUUUAUCAUUAACACAUGGUAUCAUUUUAGCUAUCCAUUACAGUAUUUAAAAAACAAGUAAAGCAAAUUUGCUUGAAACUGAAUGCGAUACUAAUUGCUCUGACACUUUUCCAUGUCAUUUUCAAAUCACACAGCAAGAUGUGUUUUGCCACAAAUGCAUGCCUAUUGGGGAAUUGUACAACUGUGACGGAAACUUAACUCAACGUACACGCGCACAAAAAAUAGUUACCACAGUACCUACCAGAAUAUAAGCACUGACCACGAGUACUGAAAGAAAGUUAUACUAAAAACUUACCUUGCAGUGACGCGCUAUACAUUGCUGUGCCAGUUCAGUACGUUAUACAUUGUCCAUUGUGAACUCGAGGCAUGCGGGCCAAAUGCUAAGUUAUUGCAUUGGCAAAUACAGUUGAUCAUCGAUUAAUUAUCCGGCAAGCGAUUAUCCGGCUUCCAACAUUAUCUGGCGGUCCCGGAGAAAGCGGCAAAACUGCGCCAAAAGCUGUAACCAGUCCGACGAUCGGAAUCAUGUACAUGACAAAAAGGUAGCAAUGGUUGAUUUGUGUCAAAUAUUACAUACAGUACAUUAUACACUACAUACAACUUAAUGAAAAUACUGCAUAUAUACAUAACCCCAUGCAGUCUUCGAGAUUGGAGUGGUAAGUAUAGUACAGUCAGUACAGUCACUUUUUUAAGUAGGAUGCUUAUAUUUUUAUCUAUGGCAAUUUCAUAGUAAAAUAAAAAACGCAACAUACACAAAACCUAAAAACAAUGUCAUACAAGAGUGUGACAUUGUUCCUACUGUAUGUAGUGUAUAAUGUACUGGAUGUAAUAUUUGUAUGGAUCUCAGUGGGCCUCAGCUGGACAAUCGACGUUCGACUCUAAUGUCACCGAUGGAGCAAAAGCCGCGUGCACGAGUCUUGUGACGUCACAAGCUCAACGUUCGCACGUCAACGGUGACGCGUGCGCGCGCGCACGAGUUAAUGUGCAAGUUCGCAGCGUGCCUGCAUUGCUGUGGCUUUGCUCUCCAACACACCGGUGUGGUGUACUAGUCACGAAUUGGCACGUUCUGUUUACGUGACGAACCUUCCUAAUUGGCUGUGUCGGGUGGUGGCGUGUUUAACGACACAUUUAUAUACGCGAUCUAACCCCCCCCCCCCCCCCCGUAUUAUGGAAGAUAUUGGUCGCGAAAGCCUGCGUGUUACACUGAGGUUGGUUUAGCGCAGUGGUUCUUAACCUUCACUGAAGCCUUGCACCCACUUUGGAUCUCAAUAGUUAAAAAAAAUUGUAAUGUUAAUCAAUACAUAGGGUUUGACGAAACAAGGUAGUUGUACUUUUGGUGCCUGUGCUUAAUUUGUGUUUCGAUUAUUUACCUUCUAACAAAAAUCUGCCCGUGUCUCGCACCCCCAGAAAGGGCAUCUCGCACUCCCAGGGGGUGCAAUGGUGCACCCCCAGUUUAAGAACCACUGAUUUAGAAUCUCGCUCAAUACCAAAAUGAAUCGUCAAACGGAGGGGUUAGAUUACAUUUGAACAAUUGUACAGAACCCAUUUACUUUUAGGAGUGCAAUUUAGACCGGGAAAUGAAAGUAACUUCACUAUGUUAUAUAGUUAUUAUCUGCUCGGUGUUGUUUUUAUUAAAAUAAUUAACAAUAAGAUAUGGGUGAUAAAAGAAAAUUACGUGAUGGUGUUUCAUUGCAUGGUGCCAAAUUGAAAUGAAUAUUUUAGAGAAUGUAACUAUACAAACUUUGCUUGACAUGUUAAUAUAUACACACUGCAUGUGUGUACACUGUACGCGAUAAUGUGAAGUUAAUGUAAAUGUUACAUUUCAAUGUGUUAAUGUUGACUUUUAGGAGUGAUGAAUCGUUUUUUGGGUGUGGUUUGGUUUAAACAAAAAACAUGGCUGGGAAGAUUGGAAUAUGUUUACAAUUAAACGCUGGGGCGGUUUUUUUAAUUCAAA